CAGCUUGCGAUAAGCUGGAUCGUCGGGCCAGCGAAAAAUCAGAAAACAUAGCCCCACAGCUCAGUGCGAUUGGGACUUUUGGCGGCGAGAUGCGAUCGCCACUGCUGCUGCUCCUCGUUUUUGCGCUGCUGCUAGGCCCCUCGUACGGUGGCUCCGGAAAGGUGAUCUACUUCAACCAGCUGAACAGCUCACAGUCCGCGGAGGUGGCCAAAAACACCACCGGCAGUGUGGGCAAGGGCAUGCUCUUCGACACGCGGGGAAAUCGCUGCCGACAUGGCUUCAUUCGCGAUCAUCACGGCCGCUGCAGAAGAAUUGUCUAAAAAUGGCAUACACCACUUGGCCAAGUUAAUUUUAAAUGUGUGUUUAUUUUAUUUUUAUUUAUGUGCGUCCAAGGAGAUUAAAGUGACAACCUAAACAAACUGUCUACAGAUCUUGUAAAUAAUAUAAUAUACAUAGCCAAAUGUUAAGCAAAAAUUAUGUGGCUCUGCUUGGUUACUAGAUUUCAGACUUUGGCCUGUACGUUAAUUUUUGUAUAGAAUUUUUUUCUUAAACACUUUUAUUAUAACACUUUAUUUAACACUUUUUAAUCGCCAAAUCUUACACUAGUUUAGUUUUAUAAGCUUUCUAUAAAGUUUUACUAAAUGAAUAAACAUUUUAAAAUA